AUGGCCACCGGAGACAUCCCAACGUUCAAGUUGGUGCUCGUGGGCGACGGCGGCACGGGCAAGACUACAUUCGUCAAACGCCAUCUGACGGGAGAAUUCGAGAAGAAGUACGAGGCCACCCACGGCGCCGAAGUGCGCCCCCUCCUCUUCCACACGAACCGGGGCCAGAUCCGGUUCAACGUCUGGGACACGGCCGGCCAAGAGAAGCUCGGAGGACUGCGCGACGGCUACUACAUCCAAGGUGUGUACCACAUG